UGACUCAAAGAUCAAAAAAGAAGAAGAAGAGCGACACCAAACAAGAACUACAGAGAAGGCUAAGAGCUUGUAUGAUAUACCGUUAAAUUUUGAUAUUUUUUUAAUUAUAUUUAAUAGUUUGGACCUAUUCAUACAGUAAAGAUGGGGAAGCGACAGCAUCAAAAGGACAAAAUGUACAUCACGUGUACAGAAUACACCAAUUUUUAUGGAGGGAAACGAGCAGAAAUCCCCCGAUCAAACUUUAAACGGCUUCCGUUUGACCACUGCAGCUUGUCCCUGCAGCCGUUUGAGUAUCCCGUCUGCACUGAAGAGGGGGUCGUGUUUGACCUGCUGAGCAUCGUUCCGUGGAUUAAGAAGUAUGGAACUAAUCCGAUCUCUGGAGAAAAACUGGAAGCAAAGUCUCUUAUUAAGCUCAACUUCGCCAAGAACAACGAUGGAAAGUAUCACUGCCCCGUUCUGUACAACGUCUUCACAAAUAACUCCCACAUUGUUGCCAUCAAGGUCACUGGAAAUGUGUUUUCCUACGAGGCUGUUGAGCAACUAAACAUCAAGACCAAAAGUUAUAAAGACCUGCUGACUGAUGAACCUUUCACCAGAAAGGACAUCAUAAUGCUUCAGGACCCCACCAACCUGGAUAAGUUCAAUGUGUCCAGCUUUUUCCAUGUGAAGAACAACCUUAAGGUGCUCGAUCCAGAUGAGGAAAAGGCCAAACAGGAUCCAGCGUACCACCUGAAGAGCACCAACCUGGAAACCAGAGAGACCUUGGCAGAGCUCUACAAAGAGUACAAAGGGGAUCAGCUGCUGGCCUCCACCAUGAAGGAGCCUGAAGCCAAGAAGACGGACAAAAUAAACGCUGCCCAUUACUCCACAGGCCGAGUCUCCGCCUCCUUCACCUCCACCGCCAUGACUCCGGCAACGACGCACGAAGCAGAUGCAAUUGCAGACGACAUGGUGCGUUACCAGUACGUGAAGAAAAAAGGCUACGUCCGUCUGCACACAAACAAGGGAGACCUGAACCUGGAGUUGUACUGUGAUAAGGUGCCCAAAGCUGGGGAGAAUUUCAUCCGUCUGUGUAAAAAAAGCUACUAUGAUGGGACGAUCUUCCACAGGUCCAUCCGCAAUUUUAUGAUUCAGGGAGGGGAUCCCACCGGUACAGGCACAGGUGGCGAGUCGUUCUGGGGAAAACCGUUCAAAGACGAGUUUCGGCCCAACUUGUCUCACACGGGCCGGGGAGUUCUGAGCAUGGCCAACUCCGGCCCAAACACCAACAAAUCUCAGUUCUUCAUCACGUUUCGGUCGUGCGUGUACCUCGACGGGAAGCACACGGUGUUUGGAAGGGUUGUUGGUGGGUUUGAGACGCUCACAGCCAUGGAGAAUGUGGAGUGCGACACCAAAACAGACAAACCAAAGUCGGAGAUCAAGCUGAUCAGCACUUCCGUGUUCGUGGAUCCGUACGAAGAGGCCGACGCUCAGAUUGCGGCGGAGAGAGAAAAGGAGCUGCAGAAACAGGAAGAGGAGAAGCAGCAGACCAACAUGGCGCUGAAGAAGGCCAAGGAGGAUCAGGCGCCAAAAACCUUUAAGGAAGGCGUGGGCAAAUACAUCAACCCGGCCGCGGCAAAACGUCGGGCUGCUGAAGACGAGGGCGGCCCGUCCACCAGCGGACAAACGGCCAAGAAGUCCAAAGGGAAGACGAGUUUUGGAGAUUUCAGCUCCUGGUAGCGCCGACGCUCCCAGCAUUCUGUAAAUAACAAAUCAAAGGUCAAAGUUCAAAUUUCCUCACGUUUUUAUUAAGUAGACUCGAGUGUCAAAUAUGCAAUAAAGAUACUUUUUCAUCACUGUU